ACACGGUAAAUAAAAUGAGGGACCUGCGCAUGAAAGCUGAAGAUUAUGAAGUGGUGAAGGUGAUCGGUAGAGGCGCAUUUGGGGAGGUUCAGUUGGUAAGGCAUAAAUCCUCAAGGAGAGUAUAUGCUAUGAAGCUCCUGAGCAAAUUUGAGAUGAUAAAAAGAUCAGAUUCUGCAUUCUUCUGGGAAGAAAGGGAUAUUAUGGCUUUUGCUAAUAGUCCCUGGGUUGUUCAGUUAUUUUACGCAUUCCAAGAUGACCGUUACCUGUACAUGGUGAUGGAAUACAUGCCUGGUGGGGACCUUGUGAAUUUAAUGAGCAACUAUGAUGUGCCGGAGAAAUGGGCAAGAUUUUAUACUGCUGAAGUUGUACUUGCAUUAGAUGCAAUUCACUCAAUGGGUUUUAUACACAGAGAUGUGAAGCCUGAUAAUAUGCUGCUAGACAAAGCUGGUCAUUUAAAACUAGCAGAUUUUGGUACUUGCAUGAAGAUGAACAAGGAAGGUAUGGUACGAUGUGAUACAGCUGUGGGAACACCAGACUAUAUCUCUCCUGAAGUAUUGAAGUCCCAGGGUGGUGAUGGUUACUAUGGGCGAGAAUGCGACUGGUGGUCAGUUGGAGUCUUUUUGUAUGAGAUGCUUGUAGGUGAUACACCUUUUUAUGCAGAUUCUUUGGUUGGAACAUACAGUAAGAUUAUGAACCAUAAAAACUCCCUUACUUUCCCUGAUGACAAUGAUAUUUCUAAAGAGGCAAAAAACCUUAUUUGUGCCUUUUUAACUGAUAGGGAAGUGAGGCUAGGACGAAAUGGUGUGGAAGAAAUCAAGCGGCACCUUUUCUUCAAAAAUGAUCAGUGGGCCUGGGAAACCCUCAGAGACACUGUAGCACCAGUUGUGCCUGACUUAAGUAGUGACAUUGACACUAGUAAUUUUGAUGAUCUGGAAGAAGACAAAGGAGAGGAAGAAACAUUUCCCAUACCAAAAGCAUUUGUGGGCAACCAGCUUCCUUUUGUAGGAUUUACGUACUACAGCAACCGUCGGUAUUUAGCUGUCUCUGCAGAAAAUUCCAAUGACAACAGAACAGGGUCCAGUGUGGACAAAAGUGUG